AACAUCAACACCACGGUUUACAUCGCGAACACCUGCUCUGUCUACCACACCUGAGAACCCUCGAACGGCCACUAAACUCCAAGCACUAUUUAUUCUUCCCACGACCCUGCCCCCCACCUAAUCCACCAAAAAUGCUCCUCGACGAAGAACCCGCCGCCCUCAUCGCCCAAUGCACCAAGAACUUCAAAUUCGACGGCGACCGCGACUCCCUCCUCCGCAUCUCCGACUCCCUCUCCACCCUCUCCCAGUUCCGCACCCACCACCUCAACGACCUGCACGCGACCCUGCAGAAGCUCUCGCGCACCCACCAGACCCUCGUCAGCCAGCACAAUCACACCCUGUCCCAGCAUAACCCCACGACGCACGCGCAGGAGAUACUGCGCCUGGAUACCGAGAAGUUCAAGAUCGCAAAGCAGGCCAGUGACUUGGAGAUUGAGGGGGAGAGGCUGCAGAGCGAGUUGGCGAGGUUGGGAGGUGUGCUCGCCGAGUUGGAGGAGGAGGGUGUCGAGGGAGGUGAGAGGGAGAAGGCGCCCGAUGAGGACGCGACGGUACUCAAGUUGAAGGUCUACAGGACCCUAGGCAUCGAUGUCGAAGCCGAUCCUACAACAGGCCUGUACAAUAAAGCCGUCAUCCGCAACGCCGCCAAGGGGGACGUUCACGUGGUCAACAUCGACCCCAAAUUUUCAAGGCAUUUCUACACAAACUACUUUUGGAGGACACUGUAGAUUGGCCGUUUUGUCUACUGUGUAUUGGGCUGGGGUGGGAUUCUUUCAAAUGGCAUGCUCUGUAUUUUGGCGUUUUUAUGGGAUCAGCACUAUCGGACGAUACCUCCUGGCGUUAUCGGGUUCUUUAUUCACGCAUAUCGCUAUCUUGCAAGUGUAGUUAAGCUUCAUUUUUACCGCUACCGAUGCUUAGGGCCUCGCGCCGCGAACAGCAAUCUGUGUGCUACCUUCG